UGCCUUUAAUGAUUUUUGUGUACCCCUAGCUAAAAUUUGUUAAUUUCCUUGUGCAAUGGGUCCCUCGAAAUUUUGCUCAUCGUCUGGUCAUGCAUCGCAGUGCCACCUUUGCUACACGUCCGAGAGAAAAAGUCAAAACAUUACAAUGCAGUUAAGUUUGCAGAAUGCCUAUGUGAAAAAAUAGAAAGAUUGAGUCACGAAGAAGUUGAUUCAAUUGUUAGUCGUCCUCUCCUUGAAGCAGCACGCUAUGGCAGCUAUGAGCUUGUUGAAAUUAUUGUGAGAAAAUUUCCUUCACUAGUUUACUCUAUAGACCGAAAUGACAAGAAUAUAUUCCACCUUGCAAUAGAGCAUCGAUGCGAAAAUGUGUUUAACUUGGUUUAUCAGAUGAGUCAACAUAGGCACCAAUUGAUGAUUUCAGCAGACUCAUCCCGCAAUACCAUGCUGCAUUUGGCUGGAAAACUAGCGCCCCAAAAUAAACUAAACCUUGUUUCCGGCCCAGCUCUUCAGAUGCAACGAGAAUUACAAUGGUUCAAGGAAGUAAAGAAGCUUGUACCGCCUUCUUACUGGGAGAUUUGCAACAAUGAGGGCAAAAUUCCGAGUGUAGUAUUUACUACGGAACAUGCUGAGUUGAAGAUAAAAGGAGAACAAUGGAUGAAAGAUACAGCAAAUUCAUGCACAAUUGCAGCUGCACUCAUUGCUACCAUCGCAUUUGCUGCAGCAAUUACAGUUCCAGGUGGCAAUGACGGCGAAAGUGGACUCCCCACUUUCGCCAGAAACGUUGCUUUCAUUGUUUUCUCCAUCUCGAAUGCAGCAUCACUAUUCACUUCUAGCACCUCCCUGUUGGUGUGUUUAUCCGUUCUGACUUCCCGUUAUGCAGAAGAAGAUUUCCUUUAUGCUUUGCCUAGGAGUCUAAUUCUGGGUUUGUUUACUCUAUUUCUCUCCAUAACACUCAUGACGAUUAGCUUCAGUGCAACCGUGUAUAUUGUGUUCGGGCAGAAGAAAGCAUUUGUGCUUGCAUCUGUGGCUACACUGGCUUGCUUACCAAUCGUCUCCUUCGUGCUUUUGCAAUUUCCCCUCCUUGUUGCUUUGAUGUCUUCCACAUAUGGGCAUGGCAUCUUUGGCAAGAAAAGCAACCGCCCAUUUUAUUGAGGAAAUUAAUGUGGAGACCCAAAUGCAUGAAUUGAACCUACUUUAUCUGGAGGACUAAGUCGCUGACUUCCGCGUUUGAUAUUGAUCUUAAAUUUUCUUAUUUGCACUACAUUAUUUUUUACAAAUUUCUUCUGACAUA